GGGGCGGCGAGAGACGCGGGGCAGCCGGUCUCUCUUUUCUGCUCUUCAGUCGGAUGGGGCCCGCCUCGUUUGCGCGGGGAGUCGCUUGAACUUCUACCGUUCCCUCCGUGCUCGUCAUGAGGCGUAGCGAGCGGAGAGGUCAUGGAAAGGCAGCUCUGGAGGAGGAGCCGCCGCCGCCGCCGUCCGACGGCGCUUCUUUGCCCGUGUUCGGGGGCUCGCCGGGGCAUCGGAGAGACCCGCCGCCGGCUGCCGAAGCAGUCGUAGGCGCCGCCGCUGCCGUCCCUCGCGGCGACCGGCGCAGCACCGAGUCGGAGGUGUAUGACGACGGAACUAACACCUUCUUCUGGCAAGCACAUACCUUAACAGUCCUGUUCAUCCUUACCUGUACUCUGGGAUAUGUGACCCUGCUUGAAGAAACCCCGCAGGAUACAGCCUACAACACAAAGAGAGGUAUUGUUGCCAGCAUUUUAGUUUUCUUGUGUUUUGGAGUUACACAAGCUAAAGAUGGGCCAUUUUCAAGACCUCAUCCAGCCUACUGGAGAUUUUGGCUGUGUGUCAGUGUUGUUUAUGAGCUUUUCCUCAUUUUCAUACUCUUUCAGACUGUUCAUGAUGGAAGACAGUUUAUGAAAUUCAUUGAUCCUAAUUUGGGGGUUCCCUUGCCAGAAAGAGACUAUGGUGGUAAUUGCCUUAUUUAUGAUCCAGACAAUGGGACAGAUGCCUUUCACAAUGUUUGGGACAAACUAGAUGGAUUUGUUCCUGCUCAUUUCCUUGGCUGGUAUAUAAAGACACUCAUGAUUCGUGAUUGGUGGAUGUGCAUGAUUAUCAGUGUAAUGUUUGAAUUUCUGGAGUACAGUCUAGAGCAUCAGCUUCCAAACUUCAGUGAAUGUUGGUGGGACCAUUGGAUUAUGGAUGUAAUCAUAUGCAAUGGACUUGGCAUUUACUGUGGAAUGAAGACUUUAGGGUGGCUUUCCUUGAAAACAUAUAAAUGGCAAGGACUUUGGAACAUUCCCACAUACAAAGGUAAAAUGAAGAGGAUUGCCUUUCAAUUUACACCAUACAGCUGGGUUAAAUUUGAAUGGAAGCCAGCAUCCAGCCUUCGCAGAUGGCUAGCAGUCUGUGGUAUUAUUUUUAUAUUUUUAUUGGCAGAGCUGAACACGUUUUACUUGAAAUUCGUCCUGUGGAUGCCACCAGAACACUAUUUGGUCCUCCUGCGACUUGUUUUUUACGUGAAUGUAGGAGGUGUAGCCAUGAGAGAAAUCUAUGACUUCAUGGAUGAUCCCACAAAAAGCAUCUGUGUUCAGUAUCUAGGGUUCCAAUACUUUAUGAAGAUCAGUUUCACUUGCAAGUCUUUGACUUCUAGAACUGGGAAGAAGGGGCAAACCUGAUAACUUAGUCGACUUUCAGGACAUUCAGCAGUGACAGGCCAUCCCCUGCCCCCUCGUGCUGGACCAAUGAUUUGGGAUGUACUUCCUGCUUCAAGGUAAGAAGAGGUCUGUUUCUCAUUAGUGAGCUCCUCUCCUCAGAACCCUGGCCCAUCUUCUGGUCCUUGUGUUUGAGUUGAAAAAACAUCUGUAUUUUAUUCCUUUGCCCUCUGUUCAACCACAUGGCAUAACAUUGGAACAGGGGAGCAUCAUCAGUCACCGGUGCCUCAUUGAUUCGCUGUGUUGCCAUUCUUUGCUAAUGCAAGAUGCAGAAACUGAAAACUUCAUCCAACAAACAGAUCCAUCAUAGGAAACUGUUCAUUUAUCACUUAUUUCUUGCUUUCUUGUGGGUAAAGUGACUGCUGUCACUGCUUCCCAGUUCCACUAAAGUUCUACUUUCUGUAUUAUUUAGGUCUAUGCUUAUGUACAACCUGUAGUUCUCACUCAUUUUCCAUCUGCAGGCUUAUUUGGGAGUGUCUGGGCACAAUCUUCCUGAACGUAAACACAAGUGGGAAUACUUCUUCCCUACCUUCCUAGUUGAUAAGUAUCUGUUGCACAUAUUGUCAUGUGACUGAGCAGUUAGCUUUGCAUUCUGUUUUUCCUUUUACUCAUCUUAUAUUCACAAGUCUUUUUUCUCUGAGGUCUUUCUACUUCAGAGCUACUUAACAAAAAAUGUUUUAAUUUUUCCUAGAGAGUCAGUUGCAUGGGUUGGGUGGUUGGCCAUGGACAGUUGCCUAUAAUUGAUGAGACAGAUCACUGUCCUGCUCACAUGGAUAAGGCUUUUCUUGAGCUAUCCCGAUUCUGCCAAGAAAGGUUGUUCAGUUUAAGGCAUAACAAAUGGACUGUGAUGUUUCUAAUAAACCAAGAAAGCACCCUUUGUGGCCAGUAACAGCCUACCUUUUCUUCCUGCCCAAAGCCAUUGCCAGAAAGGCAGAAGUGGCAGUGAAACUUGAGCAACAUUGCUUUCUGGAAAAGGUUCCUGCUUGUGUAUAUGUUUCUGCUAGGAAGCUCUAGAUGCCUUACAACUAUAAGCAAAACUUCCUGUGAAAAUGGUAAAACAGGUGUACUUAAAGCUAAAGGUUUUGCCUGCCUACAUCAUUAUGUCUGACAAGCUAACUGUACUCUGAACAAUAAGAUGAUGAUAGCAGUGAGAGCAGCACUUAGCAACUGGGAGGAAGUUUCACUAAGAGCUGGGGGACUUGCUGACUGACAAAGGCCAAGAUAGUGAAGAAGCACGUAGAACUGAACAUUGAACUUUCUGGAGAAAUUAAAAAUAGGAUGCUAGUAUAGAAUUGUAUAUUUAAUCUCUGAUUUUCUUUGAAGAUUUUUACAACUUGUAGUUGAAUCUUGCAAAAUGUUUAGAUCUUCCUUGGUUGUAUGGUAGUCCCAUGCUGCUUUUUUAUUCCUACUACUUUUCAGAAGAAAGUAACUCUACAGAAAUAAUCUAAUCAGUAGUUUCUUGCUUCUCUGAAAGUUUCAGCAAAUGUAGUACUUCUGAAUUCAUUUUAGGAUCAUUAAACUUCUUAAUCUUUGGUACAGUCAAAAAUAAAACAGUUUUUAUCUUUGAAGUUUUGAAGUUGCCUGCAACAGAGACUAUUCUCAAGCACAUCAAGUCAACAUAAGUAUAUGCCCUGAUUAAUUGAUUAAUUCUGAUGUUAGGAAAGCUUUAUGGAAUAUGAGCACUGGCAUUUAUGUCAUGUGUAACUCUUUAAGAAUGGCAUUUCAAUAAUAAAUAAAAAUAGAUGCCGUACAAGUAAUCAGCUCUGGUUGAAUAAGUCUCAUCCGUAUGUUCAGUAUAUGGAUUUCUAAUAAUCCCUUCCCUUAAAGGAGCUUUUCAGCAGAAAGCCUUCCGCUGCCGCUUCUUGAAUUAGUGCUUUCCUUAUUGACUGCAUGCUUUGGAGGAGAGGAACAUGAGAAACUUCUGCUGCUCCAUCUCCAUAACCAGCUUAUCAGUAUUGUAGGAACAGAUCCAGGGAAAUAUGAUAAAUGUGAUGUUUCUGAAUUUGCCAAAGAAUUUCCAUCAUAUUCAUUCCAGUACUUCUCAGUUCAGCCCAAGAAAGCCUGGAGAGGCAAAGAAGAAAAGUUGAUGACAAGCAAACCCUGGCUCCAGACCAUCUUGCCAUUUCUAGGGUGAACCAAAUAGACAUCUUCAACUUUAAUAGCCCAUCAAGUAUUCUCUAGUCAGGUUUUUGACUUGCUCCUAGAAGAAGCUUCUAGAUAUAAUUGGAGGAACUUCUGCAUCAACCUGUGUAGCUAAGAAAAGCAAACAUUCCUUUGACUUACCUGCUUCUCUGUGAUUUUCUCCCCUGCCCCUGUGAAUAGAGCAGGAAAGUGAAGACCCAGUUGUUCUGUAUUGCUGUUCGGUCUCUUUAUUUUUUUUCAGCCAGUCAUACAGACAUGUUCAUUAUCAUCCCUUCAGUCUUAAAUAGAUUUUUAGUUCCUUUUCAACACCAUGCUGCUUUUUAUUCCUUCCCCUAUAGUUCUCUCAUGCUCUUAACUAUGGCUACCAUGAUUAAGUUUCACUUUUCAGUUUGUGAUAUGCUGAAUGCUUGUAAAUAGAUGGAAACUUGGAUUGAGAUGAUAGGGGAAAGUACUAGUAUCAGAAUGUAUCAAUAAUGUUCUGUUAAGAAGACAACUUUUAAAAAGUAAAGACAGGAGGGGGUGGGAUCAAAGCAGCUAGGGAGGAUCAAGAGAAGCCAUGGUUCCUUGUAAAUGUCCAGUUUAUGGUUGGCUAAACAUGGUUUGGGUUAUUUCUGUGGCUUGUUUCUCCCCAGGUAAGCAGGAGAAUUAACCCAUUUUUCUGCUUGUCAGCAGGGAGAGACAAGCCUAAGAUUUACGUUUAGAAGAUACACUAAAUAGACCAUAGACAAAUGUUUGUAAUUUGUUUAGCAAUUCCUGCUGGCAGUUUGUUCUCGUAUAUGCAAACUUGGUCAGACUCUGUUUUACCUCUAACAGGUAUGUUGCUAAGGAGAGAGCAUUGGAGCUGUUUGGUCUUUUGUUAUCUCAGAAACACUUUUGGCAAGGUCUGUGAUGAAAAGCUGGGACCCAUAGAAAUUCCACUGCCUGAAAGGGUCACACACCCAUUCUGCAAAAGCAUGGACUGAGGACAGAUCAGGAUAAGCUAAAAUCUAAAGACAGUGGGGGUAUAAAGAACAAAUCCUGUUAGCUCCAGUGCUAAACACAGUACUUAACACAAAGUAAGAUUAUUAUUUUGUGAGGGAACUAAUAUGAAAAGUGAGAGACCUAUCCUUUCUUCUUUGUAGUCUCUGUGCAUCACACAUAAUGGGGGCUGUGCCUGUGCAGUGCCUGUUGCCGGGUAGAAUACAAAAGCUUUAAAGGAUUUUGGUGGGAACUCCACACCCUUCCCCCGUGGUGCUAUAAAGGGCAGAGCGCCCACCAUGAUGGUGAUUUGGUUGGAUUCGUUCCUCUGUGUAUUCCCUCUGAUUCCGUUAAUUACACGGACCCUAGAGAAGGCUGCCCACGACAGGGCACAGGGCAUUCUUAUCACACCGUGGUGGCCAUGCCAGCCUUGGUUCCCAACCAUCCUCAACCUCUCCCACUGAACGUUUUUCCAUCUACCGCGGGUCCCUCACCUGAUCACGCAGGACAUGGGGGUGAUCCUCCAUCCUGAUCUCGAUUCCCUCAACCUCACCUCGUGGUUCCUUCACUGACUGCUCCCUGUCACCUACCUUCUGUCCCAGAAAACUCAUCGGUCCUGAGGGCCACUACUCGUCCGUUGGUACUGGAACCAUGGUCGAUACUGACCGAACCUCUUCAAACCAUUUCCGUUCUGACUUCUCUACAGCAGGAGAUUACCUUCAUACUGCAAUCCGCCCUACAACCAUCCACCCGCUGGUCAUAUGAGGCUAAGUGGAAACGCUUCACGGAGACCAACCAGUUUCCUCCUCAUUCCGCUUCCAUCAAAAAUAUCCUCUCCUUUCUGCUCUCCCUACAGCAAGAUGGCCUUAAACCCACCUCAAUUAGAGUGUACAUCACAGCGAUUCCCACUUUCGGGGCCUUUUAUCUGGAUUCUUGGUGUUUUCUUACAUGCUCAUGCGUCGCUUCCUCAAGGGAUUGCAGAAUCUCCAGCCACCAACCCAUCCCUCGGUCCCAACCUGGAGUCUGUUGGUGGUACUUCAGGCCCUCACCAGAGCCCCCUUCGAACCAUUGGUGAUGAAUGACCUAAGACUGUUAUCAUGGAAGACUGCCUUCCUGGUCACCAUUACUUCCACCGGGAGAGCAAGUGAACUAUUGCUCUCCACGUAGACCCACCCUACCUUAAUUUUCAUAAGGAAAAGGUUAUCCUACGUACUGAGCCAGCGUCCCUACCUAAGGCCGCUACAGCCUUUCAUGUCAAUCAGGACAUUGUCCUCCCAGCAUUCUUCCCCACUCCCUUGACCCCGAUAGAGAAAUCCCUCCAGUCUCUCAAUGUACGCCCAUGCCUAGCCUUUUAUUGGUCCCGUACCGAGAGUUUCAGAAAGACCAAGUGCCUCUUCGUUAAAUACUCCGAAUCCAACAGAGGUGCUGCCAUCUCCUCCCAAAGGCUUUCAAAGUGGAUCGUUCAGACUAUCAAACUGGCAUACCAGUUAGCCAAGCUGGACCUCCUGGUUGCCCCCAAGGGACAUUCCACCAGAGCUGUGGCUGCCUCCUCGGCUUUUUCAGCGGGCGUCCCGCUACCAGACAUUUGCAAGGCAGCAACAUGGACGACUCCUUGCCCUUUCACCAGACAUUAUAGACUCGAUGUUCGGGCCAGACUGUUCCUUCGGCCAUGCCAUCCUCUCUUUGAUUCUCCUCUGACGACACCGACCCACCUCUGGUUGGUAAGCUUUCUAAUCACCCAUUAUGCGUGAUGCACAGAGACCACGAAGAAGAAAGGCAGGUUGCUUACCUGUAACUGUCAUUCUUCGAGUGGUCAUCUGUGCAUUCACACAACCCGCCUGCUGGCCCCAUUCGGUGUCGGAGGACAGGACAGGAGACUCUCCCUAGCGACUCCUCGAGUCAUCCAUGCUCUCCGCUAGGGGUUGAUCUGAUGGUCUCCAUAGACUGGGGGAAAUGGUGGGCGCUCCACCCUUUAUAGCACUGCUGGGGAGUGGUGCGGAGUUCCUGCCAAAAUCCGUUAAAGCUUUUGUAUUCUACCCGGCAACAGGCACUGUGCAGGCGCAGCACCCAUUAUAUGUGAAUGCACAGAUGACCACUCGAAUA